AUGGCAAUCUACACCGAUGCUGCUCCGUCGGUGGCGGGCAGCACCAUCAUGCUAACGAUACUGGCUUUUUUGACCUACGGCUUGAGGAUUUACUGCAGAUUGACACGCAAGUCAUGGGCAAUGGAGGACUGGAUCAUGACAGCAGCCCUAGUACCAUUCACGGUGCUUGUGGCAGGAUGUGUUGGAGGAGCGUUCAAUGGAAUCGGCAUUCUCAAUUCGACAUUUGCAGAGCCUGGGAAUGAAAGAUAUGAGGCAGAGGGGAAGAAAUUCUUCCUUAUCUUCGAAGUCGGUUAUUGCGCCGCCAUCAUUCCGAUCAAGCUCAGCAUCAGUUGGAUGUUGAUCCGAGUAGCAAGUGGGCGCAAAGAGUAUCUUUACGUACAAUAUGCUGUCAUUGCUACGUUCGUAAUCAUGAACAUCAUCGCUUUGAUCUUCAUUCUGACCAACUGCAUCCCCGUCGAAGCUGCAUGGAACGCCGAAGCUCUCAAGAAUGGCCAUUGUCAGCCUAGCUAUGUCCUUGCCGAUGUGUACUAUGCGUGUACCGCUGUUAACAUCCUUACCGACUGGGUGACAGCUUUCCUGCCAAUCCCUCUGCUUUGGAACGUGCAGAUCAACCGCAAUACCAAAAUUUCGAUCAUUGGCUUGAUGGGCCUCGGUGUCUUUGCAUCGCUAUCCGCAUGUGUCCGACUCAAGUAUACUGUCGCCUUGACCAGCGAAAACAACUACCUGUAUAGCAUCUCGAACGUUGUCAUCUGGGGAUUUGCCGAAAACGCUAUCGGCAUGAUAGUUGGAAAUGUCGCAACCCUCCGUCCGCUAUUCCGCAUCCUUCGCGACGGCAGAACCUCAGACUACAAGAACUACCACGAAUCACCUGGAUUCAACAGUUCUCACCGCACCGGAGGGGCGUUGUACUCACGGAACUACGAACUUGCCGAGCACGGCAAGAGCGUCAACCACACUGCCAUCACCUCGGUCGUAGAUCGAGAGCGACAAGGCAGCCUGAGUGAUGGAGAUAGCCAAAAGGAUAUUCUCGAUAACGGUCAACGGCCCGGUGAGGCUGAUAUUGUCGUCAAUCGACAGGUCAUUGUGGCAUAUGACUAG